AUGUUCAAGCUAUGGUUGACAUAUCAACAAGACCUUCUCCAAUCCUUGCCUUGCUUUAAAAACGCUUCACUUGUAUCCACCAAGCUUUCAUAUACCUUUGACAAGUUAUCGAGUUUUUCAAGAGAAAAAACCUUCAUUGCUCUGAGCUUUCUGUUUUCUAAAGCAACCUUCUUUGCCUCGACUUUCAUGCUUCCAGUCUCCGCUUCUCCAACUCUUUCCUACAAAUCCUCACUCUUCUCCUCAAGUUCCUUAAGUGUAUUUUUCAUACAUGCUUCUUCUUCUUCUCAUUUUCCUGAAGCCAACUUAUACCUUUUCAUUUGGGCUCCACAAUGUUCAAGCUAUGGUUGACAUAUCAACAAGAUCUUCUCCAAUGCUUCCCUUGCUUUAAAAAUACUUAACUUGCAAAUCCAAAGUUAAGCUUUCCAUAGCUUUGUUGCUUUUCUCUUAUUUUCUUCUUCUUCUUACAGUUUUUUCCUGUCUGAGUUUGUCAUUGGCUUCCUUAGUCGAUUUUCAGCAGAUCAUCAAGAGCUCUAGCUUUAUCUUUCUUAAGCAUUGCUACUUCCAUAUUACCUCUCCUAAAACCCUCCUGAAUCUGAUUCAGUUGAGCAGACUAGUUCACAUUGGUGUUGGCCAAAGCGAUUUCCUACAAAGAGUCUCCAUCAAACAAGAUGAACCACAAUGUCAAAAUCAAACAAUGAAUAAAGAUAUCUCCAGAUACAUGCUUAAGAGUUAAACAACUAGCC